AUGCCGAGACUUUGCGAUGCUAUCAAAGAUGAUCACCGAAAGAUUGAACAAGCCUAUCGAUAUAUUCUUACAUCUACGACUCCCGAAGACAAAAACCGAUGGAGAAACGAGCUCGCUCUUGAGCUUGCGCGGCAUUGCAUAAGUGAAGAGCAGGUGUUGCUGCCCAUUCUCAAGGACCGAUUGGCGGAUGGCGAUUCACGAGGCGCCAAAAACCACACGGAUAGGGAGAGCCUGAAAGAGAAAAUUUGCCGGCUCAAAGCUAUCCCAGUUAUAGACUUGAGCUUCGAACCCGAGUUGAAGGCACUCUGGGUUCACAUGGCUGUCCACGUUCGUGAUACUGAUCACCAGGAUGUGGCCCGUCUUGAGGAGUGCCUUACCAUCACUGAGUCCGAAGAUCUGGCGCGGCAGUUUCGAGAAACAAUGUCUUUGGCACCAACCCGCAGCAACACUUCAGCCGCCAGGGGGCCCCCAUCUCAGUUAAUUACCGACUUCCUCGCCAUUAAGAGCGGGUCCAUCAAGGAUAUUGAUCCCAUUCUGCGGGGAUGUCGGUGA